CACUCCUACUCCGUACUAGAAGCACCAAACCAACAGCCUCAGAAAAAUCACCAGCUGAAAAGCACCAUCCUCUUCCUCUUCCUCCUCCGCCCCCAAUCCCCCUCCUCGUCUCGCCACAGGCCACAACCCUAGCUGCCCCCGAAUCCAUGGAUCCCAGCAAAUCCAGCACCCCUCCGCCGCCUCCAGUCAUGGGCGCCCCCGUUGCCUACCCUCCGGCGGCGUACCCUCCCGGCGCGGCCGCCGGCGCGGCCGCCUACGCGCCGCAGCUCUACGCGCCGCCCGCAGCUGCCGCGGCCCAGCAGGCGGCCGCCGCGCAGCAGCAGCAGCUGCAGAUGUUCUGGGCGGAGCAGUACCGCGAGAUCGAGGCCACCACCGACUUCAAGAACCACAACCUCCCGCUCGCCCGCAUCAAGAAGAUCAUGAAGGCCGACGAGGACGUCCGCAUGAUCGCCGCCGAGGCCCCCGUCGUGUUCGCCCGGGCCUGCGAGAUGUUCAUCCUCGAGCUCACCCACCGCGGCUGGGCGCACGCCGAGGAGAACAAGCGCCGCACGCUUCAGAAGUCCGACAUUGCCGCUGCCAUCGCCCGCACCGAGGUGUUCGACUUCCUCGUGGACAUCGUUCCGCGCGACGACGCAAAGGACGCCGACGCGGCGGCCGCCGCAGCUGCUGCGGCUGCUGCUGCCGGGAUCCCGCGUCCUGCCGCGGGAGUACCGGCCACCGACCCCCUCGCCUACUACUAUGUGCCUCAGCAGUAAUGUAUCAUCAUCGCCCUGUUAUCGUUUCGUAAGCGCAGAUUUGUUGUUUGUGACUGUCUUAGUUGUGGCGGCUGCUGCUGCUGUUGUUACCGCGUAAUAAGACUUGUGAUUUAUGGGCCUCCCUCGAGCUUAAGAAUUGAGCGUUUGAUUCUAGAAUCCGGGUAAGAUUGUUGUAAGUGGGGGGCGCCCUUUGAUUGGGCUGGUGGUGUAUGCCUAUUGCCAAAGCCUAACUCAUGUGAUGCUGUAAUGAGACAAGUAUUAUGCGGUCGUCUGGUAAUUAUUGUGCAAUUACUGCUCUUCAUGCUUCUGUGUAA